CUGAAAUUCAACAUUCGCCGAAAUCCAACUAUCUACAAUUUUGCGCCUCGACCCGAAGACGCAGCGCAGCGCAUUGCAGCACCCUGCCCCCCUAGGUUCGACCGCUUCCGCUUGCAUGUUCCUGGCACGUUGCCAUUAAUCGCCAUGGCUUCUGGGGCCCGGUCGAUACGGCUGUGCCUGCGGUCAGUCAGACCUGCGCCGAUCCCGCCGCGGGUUGGCGGCCGGGCGCACGUCUCGAGACGAGCCCUCUCCUGGACGUCCGCGCGAUGGUACCCCCCGACCGAAGGAGACAACGGCGAGGGGCCGCACCAGGGCGGGGCAGAAGGCGCCAAUACGGGAGGACACCAGGGCGACGCCUCGAGCCAGACCAGAGCACAAGCCUCCGCGGAGGACCGGAGCGCGCCGUCGAGACGUUCAGGGCCCGACAAUGACGAGUUGGCACGAAUGAACGAUCGAGCGUUAGCGGACGCAAAUAACAUCAUGCUGAAGGCGACGACGCCGCCGAAAAUCGACCUUCGACGAAGUUUUUGGAGCGAGGACGAGGAGGAGCCCGACCUUAUCACGGACGAACGCACCGACGAGCAGUUCGACGAAGACGACAUCAUGAGCUUAGCGCACGGCAAGCUGGAGGAGUUCCGGGAGUUCAGAGAAUACGCCCGCAUUGCGGCUUGGGAGAUGCCGCUGCUAUCUAAGCUGGCGGUCCCGUUCGCGCCGCCGACCGCCCAGGAGCCGCUGCGGUUCCGAUACACGAGCUACAUGGGCGAGUUCCACCCGGCCGAGAACAAGGUCGUGGUCGAAUUCUCGCCGAGGGACCUGCCGCUGGACGAGGCGCAGAAGCUCAAGCUGAAGAAGCUGCUGGGCUCCCGCUACAACCCGGAAACGGACAUCGCCAAGAUGAGCUGCGAGCAGUUCGAGCACCAGGCGCAGAACAAGCGAUACCUCAGCGACCUGGUCGACAAGCUAAUAGUGGAGGCAAAGGACACGACCGAUACGUUCGAGGACGUGCCGCUCGAUACGAGGCACCACCGGUUCAAGAUCAAGCCCAAGUUCCCGCGGGAAUGGCGGAUGUCGGAUGAGCGGCGCAGGUUCCUCGCCGACACGCGGCAGCAGUCGCUGCUGCUCGACGAGAGGAAGGAGGCCGAGGGCACCUUGAUCGACGGCAAGGAGAAGCUCGAACAGUUUUUCAACCCGCAGGAGGCCGAGGAGCAAUUACCGGAGUACGCCAGGGCCGGCUUGCUCCAAGGCACUCCUAAAUCAACACGUCUGCGAUUCUGAUGUAGCGAUGUAUACCUUGCCAUCACUCACUACGUGGAUGGCGCCGAGCUGCCGACGCUCACUGUAUAAAUGUAAAAUAUAGGUAUAUCUAUACAUUCGCGGCCAGCCUAAAGAAGAGGAAGAAGAAGAAAACACCUUC